AAAUGUCACUGGGGACUCUAAAAGAGCUCGCCAUAUGACGUUCUUUAAUCAAAUAGAAUACAAAAGCCCAAGAUGAAAGUUCUAUCAGUGUUGACUGCUCUCGUCGUUCUGACCGCAGGAGCGCCAGCAGGUGAUGAAGAGCGUGUUUCCGUUGGCACCGCACUCUCAGCGGCCGUACCCCAUUUAGUUUCAAUUACGAUCGACGGACAGCACAUUUGCGGAGGAUUCAUUUACAGCAACAGUUGGGUCGUCACAGCUGCCUCUUGCGUCAUCGGUUAUUUACCGAGUCAAGUCAAAGUGGUCGUGGCUCAGGUGAGUUUAAUUACACAGGACGUUGACGAGCAAGCGAUUUCGGUUUUCAAAAUCAUCGUCAAUGAAGGCUACGUGCCCGACACCAAACUCCACGAUAUUGCCAUGCUACAGAUGGCCACGACGAUUACGUUCGGCCCUCGAGUCAAUUUGAUCCGCUACGACGAAGCGGAGGAAGUUGGCGGCACCACAGUCAAAUUGGCUGGAUGGGGGGCCACUACGGUAGGUGGUACGCCAUCUACCAAAUUGCGGGAAAUAACUGUGACGUUGCCUGCUACCUGCACGGGAAUUUACACCGCGGAAGAAUUUAAUUCGAAUUACAUGCUGUGCGGUGGUGGCUCCCCGGCAGAUGUAGGAUCUCCGUGUCAAUACGACGAAGGUUCCCCACUGGUUCAGACUAUCGGCACUACCUCCUACGCCAUAGGAAUUAUGUCGAAGAAUAACGGCUGCGGAAGUGGCUUUGCGCCGACAAUCUACACCCGCCUGACGGCAUACUACGCUUGGCUCAAUAAAAAUGGUGGACUUCAACCUGCCCCUUAACUGAUAAUUUUGUGUUCAAACGACGAGAUACGAUGUAUCUAGGCCUAUACUGCAACAGUUUAUCACUACGUGACAACCUUUAGUGAACGCAACCAGAUUUAAAUAAAAGCCCGCGGGUGAUCCAAUAAAAUACACACGGAAAAUGCCUGCAGUUUUUUUAUCAAUUUUGAGAGAUCAAAUGUUUGAAAUUUAUGAGACUGCAAGCAAUUAAAUAAAAGCUAGUAACGAAGCGUAAAUAAUA